AAUUACAGUAGCCGAACAGCACUCAGAAUAACAACACCCAGCUGAAAUUAUAUGGCAAGAGGCGAGCGCGAAUUAAAGUAAAUCGCAAAUAAUAAAGAAUCGUGAAAUCUCAGAGGACGGGCAUCCUAAAACGAGGCUCGGAGUCUUUGUUUCCAGUUGAAGGAAGUUGAAGUUGUGGAAAGCAAGCAGUGCACCCUGCUGUUGCUCUUCUUCUUCUUCUUUUUGCCUUGCCCUUCCACCAGCAGCAAAGAAGUAAAACCUCAAAGUCGAAGAAGAAGAAAUAGAAAAAGCAGAGAACCCAAGGCUAGACAAAUUGGAAUCAUACAGGGAUAAAGGGGGACAGGGAAAUCCCUGUAUUUUAUAUUCGCCAGCCUGAUACAUAUCUUAUCGUGAGAGUAAAUAUGGCGUCGCCCAUCGGAGCAUUAGCUGCUGUUGUUGCUGUUCUUGUUACACUUGUGAUUUGUGGAAAUACAAAAUCAGCGUCGUUCGAGGGAUGGAUGCACCCAAGCACCCCACAAAUUGAAGUGGACGCCCUGCGCACCGAGUAUAUCGCCCUGGAACGAGCUCUGUGGAACUAUCUGGCCAAAACGGCCAAUAGUCAGAACAAUAAGGAAACCCAGAUAAGGAAAGUAUACGAUUCGCAUCGGGAUUUCGAUGCGAAACCCCAAAUGAGACGCACCUUCGAGGAGCAUCGCUACGAGAUCCUCAAUCACUAUGAAUGGUCGCUGCUGGAAAGGGAUCUCAUUUAUAUCAGCAAGCUUUACGAUGCCUACAAGGACACCUUUGUAAAGCAGAACAACAGCGUUGAACUGGAUGAACUGGGCGUUUUAAAUCUAGCCGGAGCAAUCCUGCGCAACGAUAACACCGCCUCAAUGCCACGAAUCCUGCAGGAAAUCGAGCGAGUGAUGGUUUCUCAGACCCUCUACUACCGAGCGAUGAUAGUGUCUAGCAAUCAAAUUUGCAAUACCAUGCAAUCGGCCCAGCAGUUUAUUUAUUCACUAUAUGCGGAUAUAGCCCUGACCGAACUGAAAGCCUACACCAUGAUGGAGUUCUCGUGGAUGAUGUUGCGGGUCUACGGGAAGGGCAACUACACUCAGGAGGCGGAACUCAUGCGUUCCGACUAUGAGAAGAGGACAGAACGCACACUGAAAAUGCUCAAGGAUGUGAUGCUACGAGCUGAUCGUAUCGUUUACCGCUGUGAUCCGACGAAACAUGUACAGGGAGUCACCUAUGACGAGGUCACGCGCCUCCUUCAAGGCUACAUUGAAAACGAGGUAGACUUGAAUAACGAGGAAACUUGCCGGGAGACGUGUGGCUUUUAUCAGUCCACCCGUAGCGAAGGCUGCUUUAAGGAUCUCUAUUGUUCCCGUCAACCGAAAUGUACGGGUCGCCUGUACAACUGUCAGUUCGUAGACUCCGACAUGUGGGUGUGCCCGUCGCCACAGAAUAGCACGCGGCGCUAUGAGUUCAUCGAGUACGAGAACGGACGCGUCCUUGGCCAGCGGGGUAAGUGCACCAGGGGCACCACCAAGGUGGACAGCUGGUGGCGUUACCUUCUCUGGCACUGCAGCUACUGCUUCUGCCUGUGCGACGAGGAGAGUCUAAAGUCGGAUCGUUUCUUCAAUAUGCGGGAUACGAUCGCCGAUAUCAAGCGCAACCGAAUCGUGACUGGUUUGCGUUUUGUAAAGCAAAAUCGGAUUUUCCAUCUGCAAAUCCAGGAGGGCGAACUUCUGCCGCGUGGCACUGUCAAUCAAAGCACUCUGGAAUGGAAACCCGUGGAGAAGUACAACGUCUUUGAUCGUCAUGUGAAGAAUGGCGUUGACUAUCAUAAGUUGAGCUACGAGUAUCGCACCAUCGAUCUGGACGAUGUGGAUACGGAGGACAAUUCCUUUGUCGUUACCGGCGUGCGAUUCCGUGUAGUGGGCACACAUCUGAAUUUGGAGGCCUAUUACAGUGAGUUUGAUUUCCUCACCGGCCAGCUCAUCCAGCCGGAGUACAAUAGCUAUUGGAAGUCCAACGACAAUACCGAUGUCAGCGGCGCACGCAGGGAGAAACUGCGUCUGAGCAACGCCGACGUGUCUACGCGGACAAUCGCACCAUCGUUACCUCUGUCGCGCCACAAUCAGUUCAUCGAUUUCACUAACACAGGACUGGACAAGGAUGCCGCCCAGAGCACAGUGCCGUUCAUGGACAUCCAGGACGUGGUCUCGAAUCCACCAGUACCACUAGCCGGCAUUGGCAUCUACUACAAGGGCCGCAACGGCUACGGCGGCUUCCUGGGUCCUAAGAUCAUCACCUACGACUUCACGCCCCACGUUCAGGUGCCAAAGAAUAGAUUCUAAGGCGGAGAGAGUCGGAUAAGCGGUGCUGUUUCCAUCCCGCACAUAUGUCAUAGCUUUUUUAGAUGUACACUACCUAUCAAUACACACUUGCAAUUACUGUCGCAUAGUCUAAGUGAAAUCCGAGGAGAACAAAACGCAAGAGAUGCAGAAUCAGGCAAGACAAUAUAAAAAAAAAUUAUAUUGAAAUUUAGCCAUAACAAUAGAAAUAAAAACGAAUGAGAAUCUGAGAGCCCAGAGAA